CACCACCCCAUCGACCAGCAGCCCGAUCAUGGCCUCCUCUCUACGACAUUGCCCUUACAGCUUCUCCUCCGCCACCACCUCCGCCCUCUCCCUCGCCCGAACAACCUCCACCCACCUCCCACCCGCCUUCCUCCUUCCAACCCUCCACACCACCCAAAUCCGCACAGCAACCCAAUCCGCCAACGCCGCAAAAUACAAACGCAAAGACGUGCCCGCCUCUCAAAAACGGAAAAAAGCCCGCUCAAACUACGACACACCCGACUUGAAAGAUGCCAUUCAAUUCCCUCUCGUCGAUGCGAUGCGAUACCUCCUCGCCGCCGAAGUAGGCCGCCCCCCAACCUCCUCCAAAUACGAACUCCACAUCCGUCUGCGCACCCCCAAAAACGGCGCCGUCGUCCGCAACCGCCUCCGCCUCCCCCACCCCGUCAAAACCGACCUGCGCAUCGCCGUAAUUUGUCCUCCCGACAGCCAGAUCGCCCGCGCCGCCCUCGCAGCCGGAGCAUCCCUCGUCGGCGAAGAGUCAAUAUUCGACCUCGUAAAAGAAGGAAACAUACCUUUCGAACGCUGUAUUUGCCACGUCGACUCCCUCCCCAAACUCUCCAAAGCGGGUGUAGCACGAACUCUCGGACCACGAGGUCUCAUGCCGAGUGCGAAGACGGGAACGGUGGUGAAAGAUGUUGCGUCCACGGUGAGGGAUAUGGUGGGUGGGACUGAGUACCGGGAACGUGCCGGGGUGGUGAGGAUGGCGGUGGGACAGUUGGCGUUUGCGCCGGAGAUGGUGCAGGCGAAUAUAAGAGCCCUGAUGGAGGGGGUGAGGGGCGAUAUUGCGGGUUUGAGCGAGAGGAUUGUGAAGGAGGUGCAUGAGGUUGUUUUGUCGAGUACGAAUGGACCCGGGUUGAGUUUGAGUGGGGAGUUUAAGCGGGAAGGGGGGUUGGGGACGAGGGAGUUGGUGGCUGUUUAA